CCGCCAAUCCUCACAGCAUUCAUUGAUGCCUGUCCGACUCUGACUCAGUGCCGGCUGGACACAAUGUUCACGGCUCGGAAUCCGAGUCGGAUGGCAAAGCACUCCAUGCACACUACUCGCUUUCGCGGCUGCAAGAACGGGUUUCAGUCCAGUAUUCUGAACAUUGAUCACGCCCCGAGAUCCUCGUUUCUCAGGAUGAUCGUCUUCAAGACGCUCGCGAUCGAUGAACAUGCGCCAGCCAAACACCAUUCUUCGUCAGCUGCGGGGAGUACACCAUCGUUCGCCCCUAACAAUUCGCCUCCAGCAAAUUGCUGUUGACGGUAGCUUUCUGUCCUCGUCACUAAUGACUACCGCCACACGCUCGAACAUUGACACGCAGUGCGUCGAGUGUACCUGUCAAAGUGGUACCGUAACCCUCCAGCUAGCGUCACAUAAUUACUUGAGACGUCAGGGCACUUUCAAUUCGGAACAAGAAAUUCCUCCACCGAAGCAGAAUGGAUGCGGAAACUGCAGGUUCAAGUCUGCAGCGAUGCUUGUCGUGCCGCAGCGUACAAUAGACCGCUCGUGUUUCGUUGCAACACUUCUCGCUUGAGUCGUGCCAGGGAGCCCGGCUGGACAGGCGCUGGCCAAAUAAAUCAGCGUUAGCAUUAGGAAUACAGCCACACGAACCGAACAAUUGGUGGUUGUCUGUCGACAGACCACGACAGCAGCGGUUUCGUUGGUUCUAAACUGCAGCGGAGCCAAGCGACCACAUUUCAUCGAAGGCUGCGCCACCCACAGUAUCCGUUCCUUCUGGCACGUCAAUCUUAUGGGCGAAUUUAGCGAUCUUCGAUCUCCGUUGCCACCACCGACAGAGUCACAGCUCGCGCCACCGACAAUCUCUGCAACCAAUUGUUGCAGUCGUCGCAACUGCUUCCAACGCGUUUCUGCACUGCCCAGGCCCGUCUGCCGCCCCAUCCUCCUUCUGACUUGACGCCGCUCUCUCGCCGAGUGUUCGGGCGCAAUCUCGUGCCAGCCCUCACUUUCGAUUUCCCAGCAGCCACAGCAAAGCGUUUUGCUGCGGGGUGUUGACGCCCUCAGCACUUACAGCAGCGACUGCAGAUCAACAGACAGACACAACAGAUAUGGAGACGACAGACCAGAGGAUGGACUCGAUUGAGACGAAGAAGCAGGUGCGGUGGGGCACUGUGAGUGUUCUGGAGUUCCGCGUGGGCUACAACGGCAGCACUGUGCCGGAGAGCGGCGGUCCGCCCGUGGGUCUCAUCGGCCGACCGAUACGCCACUCGUACUCGAUGAUCCCGUUCGAGGACGACAUGGAGAGCAGCGACAGCGAGUGCGAGAGUGUGGACUCGGACUCGGACGCUGAGAUGGAGACGUUCCCUCUGCCCACAGGCCGCGGCCGACGCAGCCGCAACGACUUGUGGCUGGACCCGAUGGAGCGCGCACGCAUCCUGGCGGAGGAUCACGCAUUUCCGAUGGAAGACAUUGCUCUGAUCUGCCGCGACGUGCGGGCGACGAUGGACUCGCGCUCGUUCUCGCGUUUGGACAAGAUGACAGCGAAGACUGCGGAAUCGUCACGCGUGCAACCGCUCCGGUGCGGUGACUUUUGCGAUUCUACAAGAGAGAAGGUGCUACUGUAUUGAGUUGUAUCAAGCACUGCGGUCAAAGCGAGCGGCGGAGGGAAAGAUUAAGCUACACAAGUUGUGUCACAACAGCACCACGUGUGAAGAAGUAUUUUAUGAAGAGCUCCAUAAAGCGAGGCGACGAUGGUAUCAUUACCCGUCCGCCUUGAACGCCUGUGUGCGCUCUUCCAGUAUUUAUUGCUCCAUCGUGUAGGUAUAAGGAGAGUUUAGAAAAUAAAAGACAUCGUGUUCACUAGGACAAACUGCAGCAUUGACUUUUGGCACUUUGUCAUCGGUUCCCAUUUCUGCCGCGCUGCA